GGUGAGGCCGCCGAGGGCGGCGUCGAUCGUGCUGCCGGCGGGAACGCUUGGCCCUGCUCGUGCUGUCGAGAAGAGCAACUCUCCAGGUAGAACUUGACCUCUUAGGUGUGUGCCGGCGGCAGCCCUUCCCUGGUAAUCGCGGGACUACAGGGAGGACUCCGCUCAGAUCCCGGUGGGGGCGUCUCGACGCGAGCCUGUCCUUGUCGUGCAGUUAUCCUGGCACCAUGUCGUCUCCAGCAUCUACCCCGAGCCGCCGCAGCAGCCGGCGCGGACGGGCCACCCCCGCGCAUACGGAGGCCAGGUCAUCUCCCUCUCAGAGACGUAGAGGCGAGGAUUCCACCUCCACCGGUGAGCUGCAGCCCAUGCCCACCUCGCCCGGAGCAGACCUGCAGAGCCCUGCAGCGCAGGAUGCAUUGUUUUCCAGUCCUCCUCAGAUGCAUUCUUCAACUAUUCCUCUGGACUUUGAUGUUAGCUCACCACUGACCUAUGGCACUCCUAGCUCUCGGGUGGAAGGAACCCCAAGGAGUGGGGUUAGGGGUACACCUGUGAGGCAGAGACCUGACCUGGGCUCUGCACGGAAGGGUCUUCAGGUGGAUCUGCAAUCUGAUGGGGCAGCAGCAGAGGAUGUAGUGGCAAGUGAGCAGUCACUGGGCCAAAAACUUGUCAUCUGGGGAACAGAUGUAAAUGUGGCAACAUGCAAGGAAAAUUUUCAGAGAUUUCUUCAGCGGUUUAUUGACCCUAUGGCUAAAGAAGAAGAAAAUGUUGGCAUAGAUAUUACUGAGCCUGUGUAUAUGCAACGACUUGGAGAGAUUAAUGUUAUUGGAGAGCCAUUUUUAAAUGUAAACUCUGAACACAUAAAAUCAUUUGACAAGAAUUUGUACAGACAGCUCAUCUCCUACCCACAGGAAGUUAUCCCUACUUUUGACAUGGCUGUCAAUGAGAUCUUCUUUGAUCGUUACCCUGACUCCAUCUUAGAACAUCAGAUUCAAGUAAGACCAUUUAAUGCAUUGAAGACAAAGAACAUGAGAAACCUAAAUCCAGAAGACAUUGAUCAGCUCAUCACCAUCAGUGGCAUGGUCAUCAGGACAUCCCAGCUGAUCCCUGAGAUGCAGGAGGCCUUCUUCCAGUGCCAAGUAUGUGCCCACACGACCCGGGUGGAAAUGGACCGUGGCCGCAUUGCCGAGCCCUCUGCUUGCGGGCACUGCCACACUACACACAGCAUGGCUCUCAUCCACAACCGCUCCCUUUUCUCCGACAAGCAGAUGAUCAAACUUCAAGAGUCCCCUGAAGACAUGCCUGCUGGGCAGACACCUCAUACUGUUGUCCUUUUUGCUCACAAUGAUCUCGUGGACAAGGUUCAGCCUGGGGACAGAGUGAAUGUCACAGGCAUCUAUCGAGCAGUACCUAUUCGAGUUAAUCCAAGAGUGAGUAAUGUGAAGUCUGUCUACAAAACCCACAUUGAUGUCAUCCAUUAUCGGAAGACGGAUGCAAAGCGCUUGCAUGGUCUUGAUGAAGAAGCAGAACAGAAACUUUUUUCAGAGAAACGUGUGGAAUUGCUUAAGGAACUUUCUAGGAAACCAGACAUUUAUGAGAGACUUGCUUCAGCCUUGGCUCCCAGCAUUUAUGAACACGAAGAUAUAAAAAAGGGAAUCUUGCUUCAGCUAUUUGGUGGAACAAGGAAGGAUUUUAGUCACACAGGAAGGGGCAAAUUUCGUGCUGAGAUCAAUAUUCUGCUGUGUGGUGACCCUGGUACCAGCAAGUCCCAAUUGCUACAGUAUGUGUAUAACUUGGUCCCCAGAGGCCAGUACACAUCUGGGAAGGGCUCCAGUGCAGUUGGCCUCACUGCAUAUGUGAUGAAGGACCCUGAGACCAGGCAGCUGGUCCUGCAGACAGGUGCCCUUGUCUUGAGUGACAAUGGCAUCUGCUGUAUUGAUGAGUUUGAUAAGAUGAGUGAAAAUACAAGAUCAGUGCUGCAUGAAGUCAUGGAGCAGCAGACUCUCUCCAUUGCCAAGGCUGGGAUCAUCUGUCAGCUCAAUGCACGCACUUCUAUCCUGGCAGCUGCAAACCCCAUUGAAUCUCAAUGGAAUCCUAAAAAAACAACCAUUGAGAACAUCCAGCUACCCCAUACGUUAUUGUCAAGGUUUGAUCUGAUCUUCCUCAUGCUGGACCCUCAGGAUGAGGCAUAUGACAGGCGUCUGGCUCACCACCUGGUUGCAUUGUACUACCAGAGCGAGGAGCAAGCAGAGGAGGAAUUCUUGGACAUGGCAGUGCUAAAGGACUACAUUGCGUAUGCUCACAGCACUAUCAUGCCCCGGCUGAGUGAGGAGGCUAGCCAGGCUCUCAUUGAGGCUUACGUAGACAUGAGGAAGAUUGGUAGUAGCCGAGGCAUGGUUUCUGCAUACCCUCGACAGCUGGAGUCAUUGAUUCGCUUAGCAGAAGCCCAUGCUAAAGUACGAUUUUCAAGCAAAGUUGAAGCAAUUGAUGUAGAAGAGGCAAAACGUCUCCACCGGGAAGCUCUAAAACAAUCUGCAACUGACCCCCGGACUGGCAUUGUGGACAUAUCUAUUCUUACUACAGGAAUGAGUGCCACUUCUCGUAAACGGAAAGAAGAAUUAGCUGAAGCAUUGAAAAAACUUAUUUUAUCAAAGGGCAAAACCCCAGCUCUAAAAUAUCAGCAACUUUUCGAAGAUAUUCGAGGACAAUCUGACAUAGCGAUUACCAAAGAUAUGUUUGAAGAAGCGCUGCGUGCCUUGGCUGAUGAUGACUUCUUGACAGUGACUGGGAAAACUGUUCGCUUGCUCUAAUGCUCCCUGAGCUGUGCUCUUGCUUGCUCCUACCUAGUUGGACCUAUUUGUAUGCAUGUGCAACCUGUAGACCAGUCACCUGUCCCUAUUGCCAUCAGUAUAAAUAGAUUCUGAGAGGCAUUAUUUGGCUACAUAAAAUAUUCUAAACUGGGUUCAAUUUUGUUAGUGUAUAUUUUCAUUCUUUUAACUUUUUUUUUUUUUUUUUUUUA